AUGGGACAGGACACCAAUAGCGCGACCAAUGACUCACGCAAGUCGCCGUCGCCGUCUGCCCCGCAUCAUAGGCGCGGCUACCAGGCCUGCGAUCCGUGUCGCAAACGCAAGGUCAACAAACGAUGUGAAUUCUCGGCGACCCGUCGCAAGCGCAAAGCCUCCGAGGCGGCCGAAGACGAUGCAGAGGCUGCAGAAGUGCUUCGCCGCGACAAGCGGAUGAUGAUUGGAGAAGCACCUGCAAAUGAAGUAGCACCUAAAGUCGAGCCAAAUCAAUUCCCUCCCCCCGAACCGACCGUCGAGACAGACGGCUUUCGCACUCGGCAGAGAUGGCCCGAGGCCUCCCCCGCAGCUGCUACGACUCAACGUUUUACGCCCACUGCGCCCAUCUCCUCCCAGGCCAGGCAGUUCCUUGAGUCGCGAAAUCCUCGCUUGCCGGCAUUUCAGUCUAGUGAGCGAAGUACGGUGCCUGGGUAUGGAGGCCCGCCAAUGAUGAACCGGACUGCCGUCGAGCUAUUGUCGCCAGCCAUCACGAAUACCCAUGAUGCCCUGCAUUUACUUUCCGAAGCUGCGGGUCGAACAGAGGAUCUAAACCGUCAGAGCCUCGAGAAUCGCUACGGCGCCAGACGCUCCGUCUCCUCAUUCAACUCUGGGCCUUCUCCCCUAGCCCACGCAAACUCCCCCGGUAACGUGAGCGGGUCUUUCUCGCGGACCCCUCGAUCUGGUAUGUCCGCUGGUGGGAAUGGCUACUUCCCAAGUGGAGCGGGGGGUGCAGGAGCUGUCGAGAAUCAGAUGCCCGAUGACGGUGGUCCACGGGAAAGCUCUCCAAAUCCUCAAGACCCCGGUUUCCUUGACGCUGUUCGAGCAUGGUCACGACUACGUUUCGUCCGCGCCGGAUGGAUGACCGUGGAAGAAGGUAUGGAAUACGUGGCGUACUACUACGAAAAUCUUGCCCCAAUGAGCCCAGUAGUGACUCCUGACUACUCUCGACCUUCGACACAUCGCACGUUGCUCAUGGACGAGCCUGUUCUGGCGGUGACUAUUCUUACGAUUGCCUCCCGCCACUUGAAACCCAAAGGUGACGGCGCCAGCACUCGUGCUUUCUAUAUACAUGAUCGUCUCUGGUCCUACUUGCGUGGUAUGAUCGAGCGCCUAUUCUGGGGCCAAGAGAAAUUUGACGCCCAAGGAGGUCGCCCCCGAUCUUUGGAUCUCGCGUCAGGCGCAGGGGGUCCCACCUCCAAGGGAAAUCUGAGAGCCCUAGGAACCGUGGAAGCACUGUUGAUCCUCACGGAUUGGCAUCCCCGAAAUCUUCAUUUCCCUCCAGGUGAUGACGAGAAUACACUCCUGGAUAGGGAAGCCCAUUCACAAAAUCGUGCGGACAAAGACGUAGAUGCUGAGAGCGAUCAGGUCUAUAACAGGGUGUCCUCUGCUGAAGGUCGAGUGGCUUUCCAAAAAUGGCUAGAGCCUGCCUGGAGGUCAGAUCGAAUGUCAUGGAUGCUGUUGAGCACGGCACAAGCUUUGGCCUUUGAACUUGGCGUUUUCGACCACAAGGGCGAGUCGAAAGUCCCUGAAUUGCCCUCUGAGCAGGCACGCAAGCGGCGACUGCGACGACUGAUUCUAGUCUUCAUCACGCACAGCAGUGGACGACUGGGGAUUCCAUCUAUGCUGCCUCUCACCGAAUGGGGCCGAGAUAUUCCCGCGCCUGCCACUGACUCGAAAGAUGGUGAUUUGGACCUCGAUCAGAUGCAGGAUUGCUGGAUGGGUAUUUCGAAGAUAGUGUACCAAGCAAACCAUCAACUCUUCGCAUCCAGUGAACAGACGUCGGAGUUGAUCAGGAGCGGAAGGUACCGUGAACAGAUCGACUGGUUCCAACCACAGUUGCGAGAAUUUCGACAGAACCUGGACCGAGUUAACUUAUCUCCGGCUAUGCGAAGCAUUCUGAUCAUUGAAUACGAAUAUACCCGAUUAUACGUCAACUCGCUCGCUCUUCAAGCGGUCGUCGACCGAUGGACCACCAUGUCUAACGAGUCUUCUGUUCAAGCCCAGACUGGUCGAUCAGGGCCGGGGCCAUCUGCUGGUAGUACUGGGUGGUUCCGCGCCUUGAUGGAGCUCUACCGCGUCAACGAAACCUACAUUCAAGAAGUUGUAGAUGCUUCACGGAAGAUUCUACAAACUGUGCUAGAGGGUCUCGUUCCUGGCGGUCGUCUCAAACAUGCGCCAAUUCGGACAUUUUUCCGCAUUCUGUCCGGCAUGAUAUUCAUCCUGAAAACAUUCACACUCGGCGCCCGGGAGGACGACGUACGAGUCUCUCUGGACCUCCAGGAUCGCACCGUAGAGGCAUUGCGGACCUUCGUCGUCGACGAUGUACAUAUCAGUAACACCGUCGCCCGCCUAUUGGAGCUCCUCACGAGCAGCAUCCGUACGCGAUUCCUUCGGUUCGCACCACACGACCGUGGCGCUGAUGGAGACGGGCAUGCCUCGGCACCCGUCUCCCGCGCACAGUCCCCGCCACGCGACAGCCUUGUGGCUCGUCGUGAUGGCCCACAAACACCCUGGUCAUCAACGCAAGAUGCAACUCCGAGCGGAGGCCUAGGGGCCUACGUGGACAGCAACGGUGCCGGCGGGAAUCCGUCAGCACCGAUCGGAUCGGCCCACGAUCAGCUGGCUAGUAUCCCUGCACAGACGAUCAACUCGUCGAACCUGAAUGUCUCCUUCAUGCCACCGCCGCCGUCAGUUUAUUACAACUACUAUGACUCGAACUCGGCCAUGGCAGCGAGCGAUUUGGAGCGAUCGUCGCCCAACCACGUCGUCUCCUCGCAGGCCGUCGGGGAUAGUAACGGGGCAGGUUCUACGUCCGGUGCGCUUCCAGAUUGGUUUGCGCUUCCGCUGGAUCAGUUCUUCAAUAGUUCCAGCGGAGUGGUGGACCAGGGUCUGGGCGGAACGGGCCCGAUGUUGGGUGAGUUUGAUAUGUUGGAGGUGCUUUUGAACGAAGGUUAUGACGGGCAUGGCAAUGGUGAGAAUGAGUCUGGGGGACUCCCACCUCAUUUCUUGGGUUGA